CAAUUAAUAUGCUGGAUAUCUCGAACUGACAACUAAAUUUUCGAUGUAUGCCACGCACCCAAAAGGAUUGGCAUUUGAAUUCCAUACACUCUUGGGAUUAGAAUAAAAAUUGCUUGCAGAACGAGGCCAAUAUUGCCGGUCAACUAACUUUUAGUCAAGUGAAACGGAAAUGGCAUAUAAAAACGUGUGUCUAGAAUUGGAAACGCCAAGCCCUCCGGAGACUCCAGCUGUGGCACUUCCUCCGCCGACAUCUGUCGCCACUCUGCGGGCCAGUGCCACGGAGUUCGUUCCACAGGUGCCACUAGCCAGCGACCGAGUGCCAACCGAGUCUGAGGAUGAACGAGAAGAUUUCUCGGACGAGGACAGAUAUAGCGUGGAGCGGACUACAUUGACUGCUCCCAAGCCCGUGAGCUAUGGACUCCGCUUUUAUAAUAGCCAUUACGAGCCCGAGAACGGAAGUGACAGUCACUCUGUGGAGGCAGAGAAGAAGAGAAAGUUCAGCUAUCGCACUCCCAAAUUCCGACCGAAUUUGGCAUCAUCCGGUCGUGUUCCGAAGGUCGAAACAACGUUUUUGCCCUCAACAAAGCCUCCCAAGGAGCUCACGAGCGGACAGCCGCACUUCAAGGGCCCAUACAUGCCUCUCCUCCAGCACCGCAUCGCCAAUGCCGAUGCAUACGGCCUCAUCCGGGGUCCCAACGAGCGGAGCAGUAUGUUGCUCGACGACAUGGUCAAGCAGUUGGCCCGCCUAGACCACUGUCCCUUCAAUCUGAAUUCCUUAUUCCGAAGCAGAGGCCCACAAAAUCCAUCAUCAUAGAUGCCGGAGCGCAGGUGUCAAUUUAUAAAAUUAUAAGCGUUUUACUGAUCAAAGGUGACGCUGACUUUGCAGUCGUUCCUUCAAUCAGAUUCAUUCAGUUGUUGAAAACGGUUGAUAGCGAUUGGAAUAGUUAAUAAAGCCUGAAAUAAAAAUGGG